CUUGGGUCAUGUGGCUUGUCAAGGGCACCCGCCAGGCUGGUGCAGUCGAGAUCGUUUUGAAUCUGGCAACGCCUCGUCGUCGUCGUCGGUGACCACCGCUGAUAACCAACGCUGGUGUGAUCGGUCCAUCUGUUAUCCUGCAUAUGGCUCGUCAACUGGAUGCCGACAAUAUCAGGGUACGCCCGAGGUCGAACACGACCACCUUCCCAUCCUUUGGCCCCUGGCGAAGACCAAGGCAAGAGACCGUUGCAUCGCCAAACCCGCCCCAGCUUCACACACUCUCGUUCGAUGCCCUCGUCGAGUCGCUCUCACCCCCAGCAGUACCCAGUCUCACCCAUGCGCGUGCCCUCGCGAACGCCAUCCAAUCCCUGUCUCCUCUUCCACGUCCAGCUGUCCUGAACCCCGUAUUGGGGUCUUUAUGUACCGCAGAUUCACCAGCAUCACUCCAGUGUGCCGCAUACGACAUCAUGACCGCGUUCUGGGAGAGGUACGAAGACAGAGUCAGCACAGCUGACAAGCUUUCGUACUUCACUCUCAUCUUGCACUCAUCCUGGUCCACCGAAGUAGGCGAGUCGCGUCUCAAAGCUCUUGGCGCUCUCACCAAGGACGGAAAGGACGUAUUUGGCAUGGAGAUCCCCGUUCUCAACGUUCUUAAGAGUUGGCUACAAGGUGCUUUCGAUGUCUACAUAUCGUGCGAUCCUUAUGACCGCGCGGAACGCGAACGAAGUGUCGAGCUUCUCGCCUCUUAUGUCUCUUCUAUGCUCGACAACCCUGAGACCGCUGCACGCGUUUCCGAGGGUGACUUAGCCACUAUCCUCCAAUUCUAUGCGAGUUUAGUGUCAACGGCACUUGGUCUCCCUCCACCAGUCUCUCUGGGUUAUGAGGGUGCUCCCGUCCUUCCGCCCACCGACCAACAGCCUCCAAGUGCUAGACCCGUGGGUGCAAGUGGGCAUCGCCGCCAUCCGUCCUCACUCUCUUUGCGGUCCCACUCGCAAGUCAAUACGCCAACAGGCAAACAUCCCGCGGAGCUCAUGGUCACCAUCUACCUCAAUCACCUCGAUUCCCAGCUCAAGUCGCUCGCACCGCGUAUCCUUUCGUCCAUCCUUCCCCUCCUCUUCUCUGUACAAGCAUACUUUGCCUUGCCACUUCCCCGCCUUUCAGUCAUGAGCGGACGUCCGCUCGGUCUCACAGGGCUGGAGGACAGGAUCCAAAAGACCCUCCAUUCGCUCUUCGCAGGACCGUACGGAACCACUUGCAUGAUGAUUCUCAAACGACAUCUGUCUCCGCCUCCUUCGGACCAGGAUGCCGCGAAUCCAACGUGGUAUGCAACGUCGCUCGGCGCACACAGGACUCUCAGAAACGACAUUCGACAGGGCCUUUCGAGUAAAAUGGCGAGGGCUUAUAUCGCGAGGCUUAGCUCAGUGACGUAUUCGCCUUCUGGAGCACCCAGUCAGAUGGAUCUUGAACGGGACCUUAUGGAGCGUGCGUGGUCCAAAGAUGAACUUUCGGGAUGGGACCUACUCAAGCUUGAACGAAUGCUAUCUAAAUCGAUUGAAGCAUGGGCAAGACGUGCUGCCAGUGAGCAGUUGGCCGUACUCGCUGACGAGAGAGAUAGGAUACUGGACGAAGCUGCGGGAACGCUGAAGGAUAUUUUUCAGGAGCUGGGUGAGCGCGACGAUCGUGUUGAGUGGGAUGAAGAGGAAGCAACAGUUACUGGCGAAUCACUCAAACAUCUGGCAAGCGUCGUCCGCCCUCUGAAAAACGCUGAUGGCACACCGUUCACAAUCCCACUCUCCCAACCAAAUGAUUCCCCUCGUCCGUUUCUCCGGACACUUGCUUCCCUUCUUGCUCAGGAUCAUUCGACAUACAUGAACCCGUCCCUGUCCAUGACGCUUUUAUCGAUAGCUGAACAUCUCACCGAUGCAGACACGGCGAAGUUACCCGGCAUCAUGCUCGAACAGCAUGACUUAUCACCCGCCUCGCCGGCCUGGUUGACCAACUGGGACAGCAUCCUCUCUAACGAAACUAUCUUCUCUCCUACCCGACUUCUGACGAGGCUGGAGGUGAUGAAAACUCUACAGGCUGUGUACGACUCCUUGAGAGACUUGCAUAUUUACCGGAUGGCUCUUGCGGAGCUCGUAUUCAAGUUUUGUGAGCGCGAGGCGAGCGUGGAGGGGUGUGUCGAGGAUUUCGCCACCGGGUGUGGAUGUUCGGUCAUGCCGAGGAUUUUGGCAGACGAGGUCGUCUUGCGGACGGUUACUGUGCGGCAGAAACCUUCAGAAUCUCAGAUGGGGGCUUCGCUUUCGUCUGCGUCCUCUACGCGGGUGCCUGACAGCUCUUCUUCGCCUUCUACAUCAACGUGGGAGAUGCUGGAGCUGUUGAAGUGUAUCGCGGGAGAGGGACCCCAAGAAGAUGAUGACGAUACAGUUGCGGUGAACACAUCAACCGAGCCACAGUCUCCUGCUGCCUUUAGUGCAUUCUCGGGUGCAUCAUCAUCCAGUGUCGCCUCUCCUAUUCUGUCGAGGAGGCAAUCCGAGUAUCGGAACCUAUCCUCAAGGGACUCUGCACUUCCUUCCGUGAUGUCGCUGCUCUCCACAUUAGCCGGAACGUCCCGUACUCAGUCGCAGGUUCAUUUGCAACAGGACCAACAAUCUCAGAGUGACGCCGUACCACCUCUCUCGCAGCCACUACUGUCACAACAGCAACAAGUCCUUUCGCCGUUACCUCUGUCACCCACUGAACCUAUCCUCUCUCAUGCCUCCUUCGCCGUGAUUGCGCUUGUGACCGUCUUCAGUCAGCUUGUAUUUACACCAUACUCACUCUCACAGGCCAACAUCGACGUGGCUUUCUCCGUGUUUACUGCCCUCGUAGAAGUUGUUACGAACGGCAAGUGCCCGCGCGCAAGACUGACCGCCCUCCAGUUCUUGAUGCGCUUACGUGCGGACAGAGACCAUCGGCUGUAUUUUGCAGAAGCACACUAUGAUAUAAACGGGCAAAUUACUAAAUUGGCCUCCGUGAUUGGGCGGGGGCCAGACUCUGCCAGCCAACUCUCCAGUCACGGACAUCAUCAGCGAGAGGAAGAGCGUGGUCCAUUGCAUGAAACACCUGUAGACGAGUUGCCCUCCAGAAGACCGAGGGAGAGGGACGAGAGGAGGUUCUCUCGAGGACGGGGUGUGGGACCUUCGCAGAGCGGAUCGAGUAGGAGUACGUCCCGUGCCCGCUUGCCUGUUUCGCCUCCAGCGUCGGCUGCCCUUCCACAAAGACCAGCGAGGGAUGUUCUCUGGUCCGUUCCCGAGAACUUACCUUUUAUCGGGGUAGAGACGGAUGCGCUCAGUGAAGGUGCCGUGACAUACGAUCCCGACGGCGAUUCUCCUUGCGUGUUGGAAGUCGACAUAUACCUCAGCGCUUUGUUGAGUGUGAUAGAAAAAGAGAGAAACUGGGACGUUCUGUCUUACGUUCUAUGCCAUCUCCCCAUUCAAUUAGCUAACAAGCACUUCUUUUGCGGUCCUAAAUGCCGCGCGCUCAUCCCGAAAUUACUCAAUGUUCUCUGUUCAGGUGUCACCAGCGGAGAACUGGGAUCUUACAUCGACCGUUGGCCUCCUGGUUUGAAGGUGCGCGAUGCACAUGGGCUCGCGUACCAAACGCUUUCCGUCCUUAUUAGCUACCGACGCUGCCUUGAUAUUCCACUUCGUCAUGCCCUUGUCGACGUGCUGAGGGAGGGUCUCAAUGGUCAACCCUCUACAAUCUUAAUCUGCCUUCGCGGCCUCACGUUGUGCGCCUUCGAACUCACGUCUUCGCUCAAACGGACAUUCCCCCCUCUCCUCGAAAAGCUUUCCCAGAUCAUGUCCAACCCGGCCAUGGCUGUCCAUAUCCUCAACUUCCUGGCCAUCACUGGUUCGAUUACCGAGUUGCAUGCUAACCUACGAGAGGACGAUUUUAAGAUGAUCUUUGGCGUCGCUUUGCAGUAUCUCCAGCACCACAAUCGCCCCGGUGCCGCCCCGAUUAUUUCUUGGGCUAUGUCUCAAUUCGUCCGGAUGAUCUCUUUCAACGUCGUAUACGUAUGGUUUCUGUCGGUCAAGCUGUCGGAUCGGCCAAGGCAUAUCCCAUACAUCACUCGACAGUUAUUGUUGGCGAACGAAGGGAGGGCAGAAGUGGACGAGCCGACCGAAGUAUGCUUUGACUGGUUGGCGAGGUACACAUACGCUAGUGCGGACCCCCGGCCAACCAACUCGGUCCUCAGCGAGAUCAUUAUGAAUCCGACCAAUAACCCCUCAGACACUGCAUCAGAACCCGCCGUUAGUGAGAAAUCGUGGAUAAUGGGUAACGCAAUUGUCACCAUUCGAACCCUUGCUCGGUUGGGUUGGAUUGAAGUGAUAUCUCGACGGCCGUCUGGGUACACCAAGUUCUUGUGUAGACUGGAGAAUGUUCCUCUGGUUGGCCCUGGAGAUGUGGAUCCGGACAUGGUCUCGCUGCCAGCUGGAAUACUGGCUGAAAGGGAGGAGACGAGACCUCACCCACCUAUUCCUGAAGACGAAGGGAGCCGGGUGACAAGUGAAAAUGAGGACAUUCGUGGUGUCGUUGAAGAGCGUCCUGGCACUGAGGGUCCUAUACUUCCAGUCCCGGACCCGAUUACGGGGUAUGUGUGGAGCAAAACAGCUCCAUCACAGCGACGGAAGCACGUCACAGUUGAUCCCUCGUUCUUUGCGCUCCAACUUUCACCUUAUCCCGAUCCUUCUCCGAUGUGCAAACGCGUUAUCGACCCGUCAGCACUACCCAGCCUAUUUCGGUCGCUGGAGCGCACACCUGUCAUCGACACCCACAAAGUGGGAAUCUUGUACGUAGCGCCUGGCCAAACUCACGAGCUAGAAAUUCUCCGCAAUACGCAUGGUUCUCCGGCAUACACGCGCUUUCUAGAGGGUAUCGGCCGUUUGAUUAAUUUACGCGGUCAGGUCGAUGUUUAUGCCGGUGGUCUGACGCCGGACGAAGACGGGGAAUACGCAUAUGCGUGGUGGGAUGACAUUGCGCAGGUCCUGUAUCACACAGCCACGAUGAUGCCCAAUGUGCCCGACGACGAGUAUUGCGUGAAUAAAAAGCGGCAUAUCGGGAAUGAUUAUGUGAGGAUCGUUUGGAACGACUCGGGAAGGCCAUAUCGCUUCGAUACGCUUGCAACUCAGUUUCAGUUCGUGAACAUCGUCAUCGAACCACAUUCUCAGGGAGCUAUUGCUGCGUUUUCAAACUUCAGGCAUUCCACCGUCCCCUCCACGCAGUCAACGCUUGCUAAUCCAUCUCUUUCUCCUCCGUCUCAGCUCCACGAGCUCGAGAAUGAAUACUUCAAGGUGACGGUGCAGCGUGCACCCGGGAUGAAGGACUUUACCCCAAUCGGGAAUUUCAAGCUGAUAUCCGCAGAGAAGCUCCCUCUACUAGUCAGGCAGCUGAGUUUGCUUUCGGACCGGUUCGCGAGCAUGUUCGAGCGCACCGAAAGGGACGAAGUGGAAGUGGAAGUCAUCACGAAUUGGCGACAGCGGCUGCAAGUCGUCAAGAGGUUCGUGGAAAAAAUGGACGAGUCCUCGCCCGGCGAAGAAGGCGCAGGGGCGGAGCAUGCGGGAGCGGAGGGCGUUAUGGCUCAGGAACAGUAUCGGAAUUUCACCGCUGUAUACUGAGCCCGUCUGGAGCUGCGCCUUUGGCGUGCGUUACUUUAAAGGGACUCCGGGGGAAGAAUUCGGAGGCAAAAGGACCUAGCGAGGUCCGUCUUUGUUCUGUCUGCUUGUACGAUGGCAUGUAUAAUCACGAUUUUUAUGUUCGUCCACUGCCUUUCUGCUCGACAUACCUGCGUCAUCUCAUCUUUUUACGGUCGAGUUACUACAAUGCAUCACGUAUACAACACGUAGUACUUUGAGCUACGGCCUUUGAGUCCCAGUACACUAUGUGAUGGCCACGAUUGCUACUCUUUCUUGCCACCGCCACUCGAUCGC